AUGUCCGACACCGCUUCCAGGAUGUCCGACACCUCCAAGCAGUUCAACCCGCCCAACCCGCCUUCCAACUCGGAUACGCAGGCUGUCGAUCCGCCCGCCGUCGCAACCCAGACCACUGACAAGCCGGCGACCCCAGCGGCUGUAGCAGAGCUGGAGCAGCGCUCAAUCCAGCUAGUGCAAGACUUCCACCACCUGAUCCAGAAGAAGCGGGCUCUCGACCGCGAGGUAACGGAGCUGGUGGAGUCAUUGCCUACCGGCAAGGCACUUCUCGAGCGCCACGUUCGUCUCCGCCGCCAGCGCCUCUACAAGUACGAGCAGCAGGUCUUCGACCGCUUCCUUGGCGAAGAUGUCGCCGCUUACACUCCCGCCGCUGUGAUGCAGGCAAGGGAGCAGCUGGAGAAGGCGCUUGCUGCGGAGAGGGCUGCUGAUAGAGUUAAGAAAGUGAGCGCCGGCGAGGGAAGCGUGCGCGAGAGAAGCGUGCAAGCCCAGAAGGACUUCAGGAACAAGGUCUGCGGAGGAGUCACGCUUGUGGCGUACUUUGCGCUCCAUGGCCUGGCGGCUGUGGGCUUCUUUACUCUGUUGGUGCACUUUAGACUCUUGUAG